AUGUCAUACAGUACCUCACUUGAAUCAUUGGGAGAUUCACAAUCACCACCAAAAGAUGGAGAAAAGUGUUUAAAUGUAUUGAAUCCUAUCAUUGAUUUAAAUGCAAAUACUAAUGAAGAACCACUAACAAAUGAAUCAACACCGGCAAAUGAAGUUGUGAAUGAAGAAAAUGUUGAGAGCAGUGAUAUUGUUAUUCAAAAGUCCAAGAGGAAGAAAACUUCUCUAUGGAUCAACCAGUCAUUUGAUGAGGCAUUUAAAACAAACAUGUCAUGUUUACAAGAAGCUAGUAGCACAAAAAAAAAAUUAAACUUUCAGCCAGCAAAAAGCAAGAUUGAUGAGAAGCUUUCUGGACCACUACUAAUGAAUUCAGGAGGUAAAUAUGACCAUGAAAGACAACGAGAAGCCACCGCACAUUGGAUUAUGAUGCAUGAACAUGCAUUUAGUAUUGUUGAUGAAGAAGGUUUUCAUUUUAUGAUGAAGUGUUCUAAUAUUUCAUAUGAGAAAAUUAGUCGGAAGAUAUUGAAGAAUGAUUGUAUUGCUGUUUAUGAAGCUGAAAGAAAAAAGUUGAAGUCUACUUUAAGGACAGUAAAUAAGAUUUGUUUGACCACUGAUUUACGGAAGUCACAAAAUCAGAAGAUAGAAUACAUGGUGUUAACUGGCCAUUUCAUUGAUGCUGACUGGGUUUUGCAGAAACACAUUCUUAGUUUUGUUCAUGUUCCUCCUCCUCGGCGUGGUGUUGAUAUUGCUGAUGCUAUCUUCAAGUGUCUUAAAGAUUGGGGUAUUGAAAAUAAAAUAUUUAAUGUGUCAGUGGAUAAUGCACAUUACAACGAUAGAUGUUUGAAAGAGUUAAAAGUUUUGAUUUUAAGGCACCGGAAAUUAGUGUUAGAUGGAAAGUUAUUUCAUGUGCGUUGUUGUGCGCAUAUACAAAAUUUGCUUGUUCAAGAUGGUAUUGGGAAAAUAGCAAAAAUAGUUGAAGACGUGCGUGAAAGUGUGAAGUUCAUCAAUCAGUCUGAAGCAAGGUUGCAAACAUUCUCACAAAUAGUUCAACAACUAAAGCUUGGUGGUAAAAAAUUAAUUCUUGAUUGCCCUACUCGUUGGAACUCCACCUAUCAAAUGUUGUCAGUUGCAAUGCAUUUCAAAGAAGUAUUCCCUCGUAGUGAAUAUCCAACUGCUAACUUAUAUCUUGCUGAGGUAUUUCGAAUCAAACUAGUUUUAGAUCAAGCUAUCCAAGAUGAAUUUGAUUUUAUGAAAGAAAUGGCAAAAGCGAUGAAGGGAAAAUUUGAUAAAUAUUGGAGCCAAUGUAAUCUUGUUAUGUCGCUUGCUUCUGUUUUGGACCCUAGGAUCAAAAUGAUGGGUGUUAACAUGUGUUUUCCCUUAAUUUAUCCGGAAGUUGAAGCUAGAAAAAAUAUAGAAAAUAUGCAUAUCGCGCUUGAUGAUAUGUACAAAGAGUAUGCUGAUAUACUUAGUGAGCAUAGUGAAGAAGGAUCUAGUAGAAGUGGUGUUGAUCAAAAUGGGCUUAUUUUGGAGUCACAAAAAUCCUCAGGGUGGUCAUUGUUAAUGAAUUAUGUCGAAGAACAACAAGCAAUUCCUGCUGUAAAAUCUGAAAUUGAAGAGUAUUUGAAUGAGUCAACUUACAAACCUAAAGAUAACGGCCAUAUGUCAUUUUGUGCCUUGGAAUGGUGGAAAUUGAAUUGUGGAAAAUAUAGAGUGUUGUCUCAUAUGGCAGCAGAUGUUCUUGCCAUUCCAAUAUCUAUUGUGGCUUCGGAGUCAACCUUUAGCGCUGGAGGGAGAGUUAUCGAUUCAUUUCGAGCUUCUUUAAGUUCAUCUACUGUCGAAGCUUUAGUUUGUGGUGGUGAUUGGCUUCGAAUAUUGCAUGGAAUUAGGAACAAACCUAAGGUGGAGCAAGUGCAAACAGAAAUUACAUUACUCCCCUGA